AUGCGUCUCUGUUUCAUCCUCAUCACACUGACAUACUACGUGUCUGCCUCAUACGCCCUCUGCUACACAUCCGGAAGACUGGGCGACUACGGGAAAUGGUUGAAGGAAAAAGACCCUACCAUCGACAAAGAACGCCUCAGCAUUGCAUGUUCGGCUCUAGUCGGCCGCGGCGAUGUAUCGUUCGCCAAAUAUGAGUCGAGAAGCACGUGUAUGCAAGAGGAUUUGCGGACCAAGUGGGAUUUCAAAAUCGAGAGGCUGAGCGAACCGAAGACUGAUGGCACGGCAACAAUGACGAUGGAUGUCUGCUUGGAAUACCUGAGGAAGGAGGCAUAUGGCUGCAAGUACGGAGGAAGAAUCGAAUACUGGGACUGGGAAAUUGAGUAA